CCGGGGCUUUUGGAGAUCCGGGCCAGACCCCUGGCCCAGCCGAGCCGCCCCCCAGAGCAGGGAGGCCCUGGGCCUGGGCUUGCGGCCCGCUCUGCCGCUUACAGGCUCCCGGCCUGCGACAAAUGGGAAGCCUGCCUCCUUCACCGAGCGACGAUGAUGACGCUGGGCUGGCCGGCGGCAUGGGGACGAAUGAGACACUGCGGGCAGGGCGUGCAUCCCUUCCUGCCCCGCGGCCCCCAGCACCUGGCACCCGGGCUCGGCCCCACACCUGUGAGGGGACCGUGGCCCUGAUCUGUCUCCCUGGCUGUGCGCCCCCCAGGGCUGCAGGAGACCCCGAAGCACUGCUCAGAGGGUUGCUGUUGGAGUGUUUGGCUCCGGUAUCAUUCCUGAUCCAGAGGCCGUCUCACGUGCCGACCAACUCCUGCCAGUCGCCGGGGGCUGCUGUCAUCAAGGGCUUGACGGGGGCCAGGAUGGGCUCCCGAGGUGGCCGCCCCACUGGCCACAGCAGGAGAGCUCCCCUGGAGCUGCUGGAACGUCCUCACCGGGGGGUGGACAGAAUCAGGAGGAGCCCAGGAGCCAGUCACCAAACCCCACCCCCCGAGGGGGUGUGGGUCCGUUCUGUGUCGCGGAGGGAGGAGCAGCCCGUCCCUCCCUGUCCCAGUCCCCUGGACCCUGGCCCACAGCCGGCCCUGAGCCCCCCUCCUGGUGUUGAGCCCCUCCCCGCAGCCCUCCCCUGCCUGGCUCCCUCCUCCUCUGUCCACAGGCACAGCCCCUGCCGGUCUGUCUGUCUGUCUGGUGGUGUGUUUCUCACUGGUCACCAUUCUCGGGUCCCACCUCUGUGCCCGGUGAGACGUCGUCUCAACCACUGAGCCACCCAGGCGUCCCCUCAGAUGGGCAAAUAGAAAGGAAAUAUUUGUCUGAGCCUAAAGUUACCUAAAUAAAGCGU